CCAUUAUUCCAAUUACCAAGUUCUCCCCAGCUUCUGCUGUAGAGAAAAGAGAGUGAGAAAUACAGAGAAAGAAAGAAAUAGCCAUGGCAGGAGCUUGCUUAUCUUCUUCUUGUUGGAGCUUUACUACAAAAUUCAACACCCUUUCUCUCAAUGGACCACACCCAAAUGCUGAUGCAUUAAGGUCACUCAGUUUUUCUGCUAAUACUUCUCUCAAUCUCUUCUCUAAAGGGACUGUUUCACUGAAUCCGGUGCAAAUGCCAUUUCGUCGUUCCAUCGUUUGUGAAGCUGCUCCAACAAAGAAAGCGGAUUCUGCAGCCAAAAGGGCAAGGCAAGCUGAAAAGAGGAGAGUUUACCACAAGGCUAAAAAAUCUGAAGUCAAGACUCGGAUGAAGACUGUUUUGGAAGCAUUGGAGACAUUGAAGAAGAAACCCGAUGCACAGUCAGAGGAAGUUGUUUCGGUUGAAAAGUUGAUUGCAGAGGCAUAUUCCGCAAUCGAUAAAGCAGUGAAAGUUGGGACACUUCACAGGAACACUGGCGCGAGAAGAAAAUCUCGCCUUGCUAGAAGAAAGAAAGCAGUUGAGAUCCAUCAUGGCUGGUAUGUUCCUGCUCCAGCCACUGAACCUGAUCUUGUAGCCACAGCUUGAUGUCAAUCCACAUUUUUCAUAUUCAAUGUAAAGCAGUGGCAUCUUGUGGAGAAUUCAGCUUCCUAGAGUAUGAUCAGAUAUUUUAUUUCUUGAUAAUGUAUAUGACCUUGUUGUGCAAUCAAUUUCUACUUCUCUUU